GCUGGUCAAAUUCAUCAAUUGAAAACAUUGCUUAAUUUCAUGUCAUUUGACUUAGAAACAAAAAUUAUAUGGUGAUUAGUGAUUAGUGAAGUAGGUAUGUGAGUAUUAUAUAUAGUUUGAAGGAAUAAUCAAAAGUGAAGAGUGUGAAUCAGAAAUGGAUAAUUUUGUGUGGAGAGUGUUACCCCUUUUUGCACUGCUUGUUGCCUUCGUCACAUUCUUCUACUUGCAGGAUUCCUACAAGGCUCAAUUUUCUCCUCUUAUAAAGUUACCAGUUGAUAAUGAUAAUGAGUGCAGCCUUCUUCCCUUUCGACACUAUUGGAUAUCCAGCAAGCGCAUUCUGACCCCACAAGGCUUCAUUUCUGGCUCAGUGGAGAUAAAUGAAGGGAAGAUUGUAGCUGUUGUUGAAGGAUAUGGUAAGCAGGGGAAUUCUAGGCAAGACGAGGUUAUUGAUUAUGGAGAGGCUGUUGUCAUGCCCGGCUUGAUCGAUGUGCAUGUACAUCUUGAUGAACCUGGGAGAACUGAAUGGGAGGGAUUUGUUACUGGUACUAGAGCUGCUGCUGCUGGUGGCGUGACAACAGUGGUUGACAUGCCUCUAAACAAUCACCCUACAACUGUGUCUAAGGAAACGCUAGAACUUAAGCUUGAAGCUGCAAAUAAGAAACUCCAUGUUGAUGCGGGGUUUUGGGGAGGCCUGGUCCCUGAAAAUGCACUUAAUACCAGUAUUCUUGAUGGCCUCUUAAGUGCUGGUGUUCUUGGUGUAAAGUCUUUUAUGUGUCCUUCAGGAAUUAAUGACUUUCCUAUGACUACUAUUGAUCACAUCAAGGAGGGACUAACUGUGUUGGCAAAAUAUAAAAGACCUUUAAUUGUGCAUGCUGAGAUUCAACUAGAUUCCGAAAGUCAUUCGGAACUCAAAGAUAAUAGAGACCCUCGAGUUUAUUUGACCUAUCUCAACACUAGGCCCCCUUCAUGGGAGCAGGCUGCUAUUAAGAUAUGAUUAAGCAAACUUUUCCCUUCAUGAGAGUGCUAUUCAUGCAUUUAUAUUUUACAGGAAGCAAAACGUCGAGGUGACCGCAUAAGUGUUGAGACAUGCUCCCAUUACUUAGCUUUUUCAUCUGAAGAGAUACAGGAUGGAGAUACUCGUUUCAAGUGUUCCCCACCCAUUCGAGAUGCACACAACAGAGAGAAACUGCGGGAGGCUGUACUGGAAGGGCACAUUGAUUUUUUGACUUCUGAUCAUUCACCUACUGUGCCAGAACUCAAGCUUCUUGAGGAGGGUGACUUCUUGAGGGCUUGGGGUGGCAUUUCAGGUUUGCAGUUUGAUCUUCCAGUGACAUGGUCAUAUGGAAAGAAAUAUGGAUUGACUCUGGAGCAAUUAUCGUUACUGUGGAGCAAGAAACCUGCAGCAUUUGCAGGGAUAGAAUCAAAGGGAGCCAUUGCAGUUGGAUACCAUGCAGACAUUGUAGUGUGGCAACCAGAGGUGGAGUUUGAAGUGAACGAAAAUUAUCCCGUUUUCCUUAAACAUCCUAGCCUCUCUGCUUAUAUGGGAACACGGUUAUCCGGAAAAGUUUUGGACACUUUUGUUAGAGGAAACCUUGUAUUUAAGGAGGGGAAGCAUGCUUCUGCAGCUUGCGGUGUUCCAAUUCUAGCCAAAUGAAUUGGUUCAAAGUUUGGUUAAUGUAAUUUAUCCUGCAUGAUCCUAAUCCAUGCUAUAGAGGGGUUCCAAAGAUGCUAUGCUAUUUGGCUUGUGUCAUAAAUAAGAGAUGACAUUCUCCUUCUCCAAGCUAUAGAUUAAGAUUAGUGUUGUAGUUUACAUUAUUGCUGUAUGCAUGUUUGAACACCAAAAUUUCUCAAAACCUUUCUUGUUAGAACAUUUCGAAGUAUAGUUUUCUGUAAUCUUCCACAUAAUUUUAGUAAUAAUAAUUCAAUAGCACUUGUAAAGUUGAGUUA